GUGGUCAGCAGGGGCGGACCGCCCUCCUCUGUUUGCCCCAACCCACACUCCUCUCUUCCCAGCUCAUGCUAACUUUACAUCGUGCCCUUAUUUUGCAUCCUUCCCUUCCUUGCAAAGCGGCUCCGAUCGGCAGCCCGCGCACCAUUCGGAUUACAAUCCUGCCUUCCCUUUGCAGACGGCUUUGGCCAGCAAAUAGCGGAUCGGAAACCCCCCCCUCCCCCUCGGCACCCGGAUGGCUGCUUGAUGGUCCUCUGCCUCCUUCACUGCACAGGAUGGACAGUGCUCACUGACUGGGGGAAGGAAGAGUGGGAUUGCAAAGCCCCACCCUGCGGAGGUGCUGCCAUCUCGGCUUUGGAAUGAGGGGACGGAUGUGACCAGCAGUGGCCGCGAUGAGAGCAAUAGCCACCGGGUGGCGCCUCACCUGCUGAUAAAAAUGAUCAACAAGUUCCGAUGGAAGGUGAUCUUAGGGCUGGCGUUCUUUCUGGUGAUGGCCUGGUACUAUAUAUCCCGCGAAGAAAGGUACAUACAUCUUUUUUCUUUCCCCGUGCAAGAUGUCCGAAUGACGUGUCCCCAAGGAGAGAUGGAAAAGAAAGUCACGCUGCUCAUAGGAAAUUACACACGGGAUCAUCCAAUGUUUUUACACCUAAACGAUUACUUUUGGGUGAAGAACCAGUCGCCGUAUGAGCUGCCAUAUGGGACUAAAGGAAGCGAAGACAUUCUCCUCCGGGUGUUAGCGAUCACCAGCUACUCGGUGCCCGAAAGCAUCCAAAGCAUGAAGUGCCGAAGAUGUGCAGUGGUGGGGAACGGACACCGGCUCCGAAACAGCUCCAUGGGGGAAGCAAUCAACAAAUAUGACGUGGUGAUCAGGUUGAACAACGCGCCGGUUCAUGGGUACGAGGCGGACGUGGGCUCCAAAACCACCAUGCGCCUGUUUUACCCAGAGUCCGCGCACUUCGACCCCAGACGGGAAAACAACCCGGAUACUCUGCUGGUGCUGGUGCCGUUUAAGCCCAUGGAUUUCCAAUGGCUGGAGAUGAUCCUCAAUGACAAGAAGCGAGUUCGCAAGGGGUUCUGGAAGCAGCCCCCUUUAAUCUGGGAUGCCAAUCCCGAGCAAGUGCGGAUUCUGAACCCUUACUUUAUGGAAAUUACUGCUGCUAAAUUGCUUAAUCUUUCCAUGAAGCAACCGCGGAAGAUUAAACAGAAACCAACGACGGGAUUAUUAGCCAUCACCUUGGCAUUGCACUUCUGUGACCUGGUACAUAUCGCAGGCUUUGGCUACCCCGAUUCUGUCAAUAAGAAACAGACUAUACACUACUACGAGCAAAUCACACUAAAGUCAAUGGCCGCGUCGGAGCACAAUGUCUCGCACGAGGCAUUAGCAAUCAAAAGGAUGCUUGAAUUAGGUGUCAUCAAGAACCUUACGCACUUCUGAGGGGACGUGGACUAGAAUUUCCCUGAAUUGCCGUGGCCUCCGCCUUGGCUGCCUAUCACCCGGCAUGUCCCAACAUCCACCGGGCCGGAGACACCACUGCUUCGUCGCAGGGCCCCGAGUGGGCUCCUUGCUCGUGGUGGGGGCCGGCUGCCGGGGACAGCGCUGGUCCUGGAGGAGGUAGACAGAGGGGAGAGGGCUGCGGAGUCCCCCUCGGCCAGACUGAGGUGGCUUUCGGCCACGUCGUGUCAAGGCUCAGAAGCAGAGCAUCUGAGAUCCUUACAGUCGUGGGGUGGCUGGAUCCCUUUGCGGCCGAACCAACGCUGACUUGCCGGCCUUCAGGGUGGCGCAGAGGGUGCCCCUGUGGGAGAGACCCUUGGGGCUUGCUGCUGCACCCAUCUCUUUGGCCUGUCCGCUCCACGUAGGGGACUGGGGUUGUUUGCUGCGCUCUUGAACGGAACCCUGGACAGCGGAAGAAUUGUCAACUUCUCGCCAGAUCGGUUUGCGCUCAGUCCGAAUGAGGCAGCGGGACUGGUUUGACACCCCCCCAGGGUGGGGCUGGCUCUGGGGGUGCGGCACAUGGGAAUGCUGCUGUAGGUGGAAGCUGUAAUGCUGUCCUUUUUUAAACGUUUAUGGGGGGGGGUACCGUGCAGUAUUUUGCUGAUGGGGGUUUUAGACCCCCCCCCCAGUGCUGCUUCCAUGGGAAUGGGGAGCUGGCGAUCAAAGUGGGGGCAGGGAGGCAGAGUGGUGGGAGCGUUAAAUUAUUCUUCACUGACAGAGCACAGCUGCCUGCCUCACCCCCCCUGCAGUGAAGGGGAGGAGUUUGAAUUCUGUUCUGUAAGAGGGCCCAGCGUGGGGAGCGAAGGUUUGGAGAAGGAAUCGUGGCCGCUCCCGGAAUGAGCUGUCCCCAGGGCCGCCUCCGCUGUGGGGCAGAGAUUGGUCCGGGGAUGCCCUCUGCUCGGCCGCGCUCAAGGAUCUGAAGUAGGAAUAAAUAGGGUUUUCUUUUCCUUUUUAAAAACUUUUGAUCAAAUUCUGGUUGUUUCCCCCCCCCGCCCCUCCUUCAAUUGCAAGUGCGUUUCUUGCAGGGAAGAGGGGCCAGACUGACAACCUGGGGAUUGCAGCCCUCAGUUUAUCCAUAAAACAGGUACCACCGGGGGCAGUGAGUGAACACCCCCUUCAGGGAGGCUAGGCCCCAGCCCCGCCCCUUCUGCCCGAGGCCUCCCCCUGCUCCCCUUCCCCACCGGAGCCCCAAGCGUGCCCCACCACCAACCGCAGCUGGAGGAGCCUCAGCCGCACCACCCUGACCCACUGGCCCGAGCUGAGCCCCUGCCGGCUUCAGGGAGAAGGGGAAGCCCCGUCCAGGGGGCGGCGCGUGGGCAGGACCAUGACCUGGGUUAGGGGAGGCUUAGCCUCCCCUGGCUUAUGACACCCACCACCCAUUGGGUACCACCCAGGCUCCCAGCCAACGUAUUUUGGCCCUAAACUUGCAGGGCUCAGACGGGAGGUGAGUCUCCAUAGCCCGGCCUGCAAGCCGUCUCCUCUCCGCCGAGACUCCCAGCCAUCGGGCUCUGGGCACACGUUCCCUGGGAGCCGGUCCUUGAGAUCCUGAAGGGGGGCUGGGGGCACGCAUGCUGCUAAAGCCCAGACCUCUCACUGGGGUGGGGGGGAAUAGGGGGAAAGGUUCUUCUUCAAGGUGCUGACCCAAAGGGGCUUGGACUCGGUGGGACAGAGCAGAAAUGUCUCUCCUGAGCAGGCAGGGCUGUGGCUCAAUGCUAAUUUAACUAAUUUAAAUGAUUAUUUAUCUGAGACGCGUCGGUGUCUAUUGCAGAAUGAGUGUAAUGUUGUUUCCAUUGAAUUGCCCUGUGGGGCAGCUAAGGAGCAGUGGGGUUGAAACUGUAUCAUCCUUCUGCUUUGCCUGAAGGGGCAGUGACCUUUGGGGAUACUCC